AUGUUCCGAGCAAAGGCCCUCGAUUCAGUAGCCGGAUUUUCGUCUGAACAGAACUACAAGCCUGUCCAUCGUCUCUACAACUCCGCAUUGAAGCAGCUCAUCGAUCUUGCGAGGUCUAUUGAAUUCCUGACGAGACCUCUUGCAGAAACGUACGAAAGGAAAUUGCGAGGUGAGCCCGAAAGGCUGUAUCUGUGGGCCGAGAGCUUCUCUGUCUCAGCCUCGAACGAAAAAUUAGACACAGCUCUGAAAAAGAUGCCCGAGCUUCAUGCGACCAUAAUCGGUACCCUGGUUGACCUAGAGAAUGUUAUCUUAUGCGCAUCGUUUCGCUAUGACGUGGCUACAACAGGUGACGAGGAGUCUAUGGCGACAAUCAUCGAGGGCAUCUCGGUGUAUAUUGAUUGUUUGAUGGAUCUGUCCCCUGCUAUUGAAUGUCUUCUACUUGAAAAUCCCGGUUGA